GAAUUAGAUAAGACCUGGCCACGAAAUGCUAAGCCGUGGCCACGAAAUGCUAAGCCAUGGCCACGAGAUGCUAAGUCGUGCCACAAAAUAGCUAAGUCGUGGCCACGAUAUGCUAAGUCGUGGCCACGAUAUGCUAAGUCGUGGCCACGAGGUGCUAAGUCGUGGCCACGAGAUACUAAGUCGUGGCCACGAGUUAUAUUUAAUUUUUCUCGUGUCCACUCCAUGCUUCCGUAG